CGACAAAGAGAUACUGUUACAAUCUGGCGCCUACCAAGUGCAGGAGGUAGGGGGAGCCCAGCAGCCUGCACUGCUCUCCUCUUACAAUCCUCAGAGAACGUCACGGCUGAUACAAUGUGUCCCCGCGGGCAGAACGUUCUGAGAGCCUGGGCAGGGGCUGAGAUACCCAGGGGGUGUGUGGAGGGUAGGAAGAGGAGGCAUGUAAAAAGGACUUCUACACCCUGCGACCAAUGGGACCUUCCUCUCUUCAAUGAAACGUCUGUAGAAUUUGACUUGGUUUUGGUGUGAGGUUUGAGACGUGCUGUGAAAUGAUGGGCAGACAGAGACAGUACCAGAACCAGACAGACAGACAGUGCGGGCUGUAAUAACAGCUAGGUAUACUCAGGCAUUUAUAAAACAGGUACAUUGGGCAAACAGAUAACAUAUAUAAAUAAAUAAAUAUAUAUAUAUAUAUAUAUAUAUAUCUAAGAAAUUAUUAUUUUUGGCAUUUAUAUAGCGCCAACAUAAUCGUCAGCGCCUGUACAGUUUUAUAAAAAGGAAUGUAACAAUAUAUGAGACAAUUACAAAAUAUUACAGGAACAAUAGGUUGAUGAGGACCCAGCUCAAAUGAGCUUACAGUCUAGCGCAGGGGUAGGCAACCUUCGUCACUCUGGAUGUAUUGGACUACAUCCCCCAUAAUGCUUUUACACCCAUAAUGCUGACAAAGCAUCAUGGGAGGUGUAGUCCAAAACAUCUGGAGUGCCAAGGUUGCCUAUGCCUGGCUCUAGUGGAUAUAUAGAUAUAUAUACACACACACACAUGCACGCACACACACCCAUACAUAUACACACUCAUGCAUAUAUAAAACAGGCAUAUAAAAGUACAAUGUGCUCAGUGAUAUAUAAAACAGGUAUACAGAACAAACGUAAUAAUAUUGAGCAAGCAUAUUAAUAACAACAUAGUAAAAUAGUGCAAUAGUAUAAUGAUCGAGAUAGCAGUUAUAAAGAGAAAACUAUAUAUGAGUAAUACAGAGCAAGAGUAUAUGUAUUAUAAAAACUAAAGAAAUACAAAGCAAGCCUUUAAUUACAGGGUAAUACAGAACAAGCAUAUCUAAAACGGGUACAAAGUGCAAUCAUUGGCAUGGUUAUUCACUACUAAAUCAUAAAAUAAAUAAAUUUUAGAUAUAUAAAAUGUAUAAAGAGCUAGUAUGCAAUGUACUGUAAAUAUCUCGUGUGCUUUUGCGCUAUUUCCAUUAGAUUUUUAGAUUGUUUGAGCAGAGAAGAUGGAUCUGAUCAUAUUGCAGGAAAAGCUCUGUUUUAAGGAACUGAAACAGCUCAUGUCGUACUUGAAGUUUGUUUUUUUGAUGUGCUCUUAGUCCAGCUAAAGUAUUGUUUGAGCAAGGCCUCACUACGGCUUAUUCUAAGUCAAACUUCUGUUGAAUUUACUUGGAUAUCCCAAUGUACAGUGCUGCAGAAAAUGGCGAUUCAUACAUAAUAAUAAUAAUAAUCAGUUUCACUAUAUAAGUUAUAUAGCCACACCUCGCUCUAUCAGUCUCUUUCUGUCUGUGUCAUACCAGUCUCCCAUUAUCCCCAGUGACUCUUUACUCCUCUCCCCCAAGAGCUAGACCACACGGAUUCCUCCCUUCGUAUUUCAGGAUCCAUCCUACAUUAGUUCUUCUGUUUCUCUCCCAGCUGUGUCUCUCUUUCCCUCCUCCCCACCUGCUUCCCCUUUCUCCUAACCACCUGAAUCCCCUGCUUUGUUUCACUGCACCCAACACUUUAUCCUUCUUUUGUUCUCCUCAUCAAUCUCCCUCUUUCUGACAUACGUUUGUUCCCCAGUCACUCGAUGCUCGUUUCAGUCUCAGACACCUAAGUGAUAGAGCUGGUUGGAUUAUCACUUCAAUGCCCCAUAAGAAAUGCUGUAUAGUGAGGUAAUUCUGAGCAUGAACUGUACUCUACUGCUAUAUUCUUCCUCAAUAUAAUGGCUAUUGAUUUAGUUGGGGUAAAUAUUUUGAUAAAUUCCUCAGCAAGCAUGUCUCCACUACUAAUGUCAGAGAGCUGGAGUCUUAAACUAGGAACUCUAUUAGCUCUCCUAAGCCAAGUCGUACAAUGUAGUGAUCAGCUAAUGCUCUCAGCCAAUAACGUGAGCCGUACAUUGCAGUGAUGAGUUAAUGCCCCCAGCCAAUGAGUUAAGCACAAACUGUGCCAAGAAGUACGUGAAUAAUAAUCCUUGGAUUUGUAUGAAGUACGUGAAUAAUAAACCUUAUGUUUAACCCAGUACAACUGAAGGUAUCAUUAGACCAUCAGACAUCCAAUUCCUAUAUAGACCUCUGCACCUGACAUUAGAAUAUACAUUAUUGUUAGUUUUUGAGCUGGUAAAUUCCUAAACUGCUUGGAUUUGUAUGAAGGUAUAAUGAGUACCUUAAUGUGUUCCACUACUAGUAACUGUACAUCUAGUAUGUAAUAAAGUGUUGGGGAUUCGUUUUAUUAUGAACUGCAAUUCAUCCAAUCGCGUGAUCAUCUAAAUUCACUAAUCACAAAACGACAUGGAUGAGCUUGUUCAUUUUAAUUCAAAGUUCCAUCCAAAUGCCAAAACGUCAAAAAGAGAUAAUUCACGGGGACAGCCACUAAACCUUAAUUUUAUUCAUAGAUCAAGUGAGGGAACAGGUUAUACUCUCUCUCUCUCUCUCUCUCUCUCUCUCUAUAUAUAUAUAUAUUGCAGUAUACUAAUUGUUACAUUUACACAUCCUUUUGGUUUGUCUGAUUUAUUUUCUUUUUGGUGGACAAAACUACCACAUGCACAAAAUACAUCCAUCCCUACGUUCGUUACUAAUCUUGGCAUUCCAGGGCCUCAUUUCCACCAAAAUGUACAUGUUUAAUGCAAAAAAAUAGCUUUGAUGCAAUUUAUUUGGGAUUUCCCGAGAAAGGCAAAAAACAGUAGUUCUUAAUCCCUGGUUCAGGAGCCAAAAUUACAUCCCCGGGACAUUUUUAGUGGGCCUCUCUUAGAUCCUAGGCAACCGAACACAAUAAAUGGUUUACAAUAGGUGCACUGCCUUCCUCAAUCUAAUUCGAUGGAAUUUGACUGGCCUAGAGGAACCCAAUGAUAAGAGCUGAGGAGUAAAGUAGAAUUAUUUGGUUAAAGAGGGACUAUUUCUUAGAAUCCUGAAUGGAAGUUGCCCAAGCGUACAGUUAGUCAGCAACAAAGAAAAUAUUACAAGGACUCCACCCAGUGGACGUUUUUAUUAAGACAUUAAGCAAUUGAUUCCUUACAGCCACAAAAGAGUUCCAUGUUUGUUUACUAGAAUGUGCAGCAAAUAAUAUUUUUUUUAUGUGGGAAAAAAUGUUUAUUGAACAUUUGUUUGUGUAAAAACCUGAAAAUUUGGAAAUAUAUAUGAAUAAUAUAUAUAAACAGGGGGAUAUGUAAAGCAGUGAAUAAUAUAUAUAAAUAGGGGGUAUAUGUAAAGCGGUGAAUAAUAUAUAUAAAUGGGGGGAUAUGUAAAGUAGUGAAUAUAUAUAAAUGGGGGGAUAUGUAAAGCAGUGUGUAUAUAUAAAUUGGGGGAUAUGUAAAGCAGUGAAUAAUAUAUAUAAAUAGGGGGGAUAUGUAAAGCUUUGAAUAAUAUAUAUAAAUGGGGGGAUAUGUAAAGCAGUGAAUAUAUAUAAGUAGGGGGAUAUGUAAAGCAGUGAAAAAUAUAUAUAAAUAGGGGGGUUAUGUAAAGCAGUGAAUAUAUAUAAAUAGGGGGGUUAUGUAAAGCAGUGAAUAUAUAUAAAUGGGGGGAUAUGUAAAGCAGUGAAUAUAUAUAAAUAGGGGGGAUAUGUAAAGCAGUGAAUAAUAUAUAAAUAGGGGGGAUAUGUAAAGCAGUGAGUGGCUGUUAGUAACUGAGAUGUCUGAUAUGCUAUAUGCUGAAUCGUGGAGACCCAGUGGCUCAGGAUAAAAUUUGCAUUUGCGUUGAUCAAUCCUUGCAUUUCAUUGCUCAAGUCUUAUGCAAUCUGUUUUAACCUUACAAUUUUAAAGAUAAACUAAGUUGUACUUUCUAAGUUAACCAUCUCCCGUUUCUACCUCUCUAGAUCUUCCUUACUGUUUUGACAUCCUUAUCCCAGUCUGUAUAUAAUGAAAAAUGGUGACGUGCAUACAGGGGUGCCGCGGAAUGUUUCCCCGGUGCUAUGAUUAUACACAUCAUGUAAGCAUCACUGCUCAACAUGGACCCGGUCAAGUGCCGUGGUCCUUCAAGACUGUGACCGGGCACCUGAAAAGUCGGCCGGCUGGGAAGAAGUAACAGCCUGUCACUUCCUCCCAGCGUCAUGCAGGUAGACAGUGCGGGACGGAGCGGAGGCAGCCCCCUCACUCCCACAGCAGCAGGACUCCAAUCCACCAUCCUGGCACAUAAGGUAAACUAACAGGAGGGUGGCUGGAGAUAGAGAAAAAAAAACACGUGUGAGUGUGUGUAUUAGUGUGAGUAUGAGUGUGUAUGAGCAUGAGUGUGUGUAUGGGUGUGUGUAUGAGUGUGAGUGUAUGUAUGAGAGUGUGUGUGUGUGUGUGUGUAUAUAUAUAUAUGUCAGUGUCCUUCUGUGUCUGUGUGUGUCAGGGUGUAUGUUUUUAUGUCAGUGUGUAUCUGUGUCAUGGUGUGGGCAUGUAUCAAUGUUUGUGUGUAUAUGUUGGUGUGUAUCUAUGUGUGUGCAUACACAAGACAAUAUGUAUAGUAUAGCCUGAGAAGGGAAAAACAUCCGUGGUGCUCAGGAUAUCAGUUACACAGCAGGCAGCAUACAGAAUAUGUAGCCUGUGUAGUACAGUAGGUGAAAAGAUAGUCAGAGAUAGGUAAUAGCCAGUGGGGUUCUAUGGAUAAGACCCCUAAGAUAGAGUAGUGUGAGUAGACGUGCAUCUAGUUGAAUGGGGCAUAAUAACCAUACACGGCUUUUUCAUCUCAAACUCACUCACACUGCUUGCACUUACAGAGACCUGGCUGUCCCCCUCUGAUAGCGCUACUCCUGCCUCUUUAUGUUUUGGUGGGCUACAAUUCUCUCACACUCCCAGACUCAACUGUAAAGGAGGCGGCGUAGGCAUCCUUCUCUCCCCUCAAUGUACCUUUUAACCAAUCCCCCUGCCCUAUCCUUUUCUUCUUUUGAAGUUCACACUGUCUGCCUAUUUAAACCCACUCCUUUAAGAAUUGCUAUCAUUUUAGUGGUCCGCUGUGAUAAAAAAACUGCCCGGGCCGAAUUUUCUUCCCAGUCCGGCCCUCAGGGCCGCCAUCAGGGCAUGACAACCAUAACAGUUGUCAUGGGCCUGGUGGUCCUGGGGGGCCCGGACUGCUCUGGCAGUCUAAGCCCCACAUUCCUUAUGUGCACAGAUAUAUAGCGAAUUUCGCUAUAUAUCUGUGCACUGAGGGCCCCCCCACCUGUAAAUUGCAGAGGGAGGCCCAGCAGCACACUCUGUCCUCCAUCCAGCUCCUCUCUUUCUAACUCUCCUGCGGCCGCCAGAGUGUUGCCAUUGGUUACCAUGGCAACGCUCCGCACAGCACGCAGGCCGAUCUUGCGAGAGUUCGUCAGAGAGGAACUGGAAAGGAAGACAGUGUGUGCUGCUGGGCCCCCCCUGCAAUGUAACGCGGCUGGCUCUCUCCACCGGACCACCAGGGAAUGUGAUCUCCCCCCUCCCUGUCAUACUCCCCUCCCCCCUACUUUACACAAACACUGCAUCCUUACAAGCACACACACACUACAUUCACUGAACACACUCUGCACUACACACAUACACUACACAUUUUUCAUUCACUACAAUCACACUACACGAACUAUACACAUUUUGCACUCACUACAAUCACUAUACAUACUUUGCACUCGCUGCAAACAUACUACAUUCACUAUACACAUAUUGCAUUCACCGCAAUCACACUACACAUCACAUCCACUACAAAAAUACACACUGCAUUCACUGUACACACACUACAUCCACUACACACACACUCUGCAUCUAAUGCAUGCAUAUAAACAUUACAUACAUUACACAAAAAGUACAAUCUCCAUCCACUAUACACACUGCAUCCAUGACACACAUACCACACCCACUAUACACACUGCAUCCAUGACACUCAUUCUACAUCCACUAUACACACACACACACACACACUUCAUCCUUGUGGGCGGACUCGGGGCUGGCCUAGGGGGCCCAGAUCUUGAGCUGUGUCAGGGGCCCUAAAAUUUCUGAUGGCAGCCCUGCCGACCCUGGCUAGAGCUAUCCAACCUAAUCACCUAGGCUAUCUGCUGCUUCAUUGCAGCUAAAAGAUUCUAUGUAGCUUGCCCUGUGUGUUUAACAUAAAGAGCUGCAGCUAACACAAAUGAAUAGACAAACUAUUCUCCCCUCAAUAGAAACAUAAACUAAAAGAAUAAGUGCAUCGGCACACUAAGUAGCUCAAUUAAAAGAAUAAGUGCAUCGGCACACUUAAUCAGCCAAGCUGUAGUUAAUGUCCCCUUGCCACCCAACCUAUGCCUAGAGAAACAGUAGCCUGGCAUCCUUUAACAUCGGCUGUCCCGAGGCAGUCCCAUCUUGGAGCCCCAACUCUCCGAGAUGCCGAGUUGUUCCUCCGCAGGAAGGCAGUCCCAGCGUCGACCAGAGCCCGCAAACUCGUGUUUCCGCUUCCCUCGUAGUAUAAUGGGACGGCAACCGGAUCCGGUGAGUUUCGCUGGAGCUGACAGAGCUUGUACCUCCGCAUGCGAUGUGAGUAUCGGGUAUGCGGCUUGCGAUGGAGUGAGAUCCUCCCUUGCGGCAGUCUCCUGCGCUGUCUCCAAUGUUGCGCCUCUCUGGAGAUACAUGGGGGAUUCUAAGGAUUGCAGCGUCGUACAAAAGGACAGCUCCUGGAUGCUAAAAUUUUGGCAGGAGGAGAGGUAAGUCCUCUUUCAUGGAGCUUCACCCAGAAGAGGUCACAGACACGGUCGAAUACUGCAAGUACUGGUACCAUUAGUAUAGGCAAUUGCGUGGAGGCAUCCACAGCUCCAGGCCUCAGCGCUCGGCCAUUUUGAUCUCCAGGCCGCGAUUCUCCGGCUUUCCAAAGCUGGAUAGAUCUUGGCUAGGCUUCGUCCGCCUGCUGCGGGCCAAAAGGUGCCAGAAAAUAGGCAAUAUGUUUCCCAGGUCCGGUAUCAAGAUUGUAGCCAAAACAAGAGUGAGAAAGUCCAAUUUUAGGCUCCCUGAGGAGCUCCAGCGACUGUCCUGGUCGGCUCUAAGGCCCCACCCCAAGCUCCCCUACUUUUGAGUCCUACCUGAUUUAUAUUUUGUUUAAUGAAGCAUGUUUGUUCUUUUGACGUCUGCUAAUCUCACUCAAACUAACCAGUAAAUAGACUCCCUGACCUGUGUUUACCUAGACAUGUUUUUGUUUGGUUUUUUUAAAUAUCAAGAUUAUGUGUCAUUAUAAUGAUGCUGCUCCAGUAUAGUGAAUGUCAAUAUAGUGCUGUUUAUAAUGGAAUGUGUUUUAGAACACAGGGGACACUGCUGUACCAGGUGCUAUAACAGUAUGGGGUUCCACAGUGUCCCCCAAUUCAUUAGUUGUAGCAGAAUCUAGGAUCAGUAUGGCAUAGAUAAAAUUAUUCAUCACUUGACUGAGUAUUAUUGAAGUAACAGUAAGUAACAUCUUAAACACAGGCUAGCCCUAAGUUACACCUAACCCUAACUCCCAGUAACACUAAACCUAAACCACCUCUGACCUAUCAAACACUAACCUAAGUCUUCUAUAAUAAUAAUGUUGAGUGUUUUAUAACUUUCUCUCGUUUUUAUUUAAAGAUUCUAUACUCUUUUAGCUUUAAAAAUGUAUCUCCCGGGGGCAGAUCCGAGCUGACUAGCAGCACUGAACAAGAGCUCUGAGCAAUAAGCUAUAUUAAACCUCUUUGUGGGACUUCAGAAACCCCCUGGCUGAACAAGAGUGCUUGAGCACAGCACGGGAAACACCAUGGCUUGCAAGAAAUCAGACAAGCUGCAGAUGGGAUUAAAUAUUGGUGACUUACUGAGACAGGAGCCUGGCGCAGUAGGGCUGAAGAUGCCCUCCUCUCUGAGCUUUCAGACGAAUUGUCCCAGAGGGAAGACUUGGAUGCCCCUAUGGUCGCACACCUCCCAACUCCGGCAUCUCCGAGCUCGUAAGAUACUCAAACCGCAUUGCUGAAGGCGCUCCUGGCAGACCACCAGAAGAAUAUUCGGACGGAUGUGGUGGCAAUCUGCAACAAUAUUCAAGGCCUAUGGGGCAGAAUGGGAGUUCUGGAAAAUGCCUCCAAUGAUCAUUCACUACAAAUUGCCACACUGCAAUAGGAGAUUGAAGAGCUACAACAACAGGGUGAGCUAAAUGCAGGCCACUUUGCAGUGAUCAAAGAUACAAGGCACAGAAAUAAUUUGAAAAUAAGAGGUUUCGAGGAAGAUAUACUGGCCGCAGAGAUUCCACAACUCCUGAGGCGGCUCUUAAUUGCACUACUUACCCCUAGAUAAGGCACAUCAGUGGGGCCAGACAGCUUCUUCAGGGUGCCCAAGUCUCUCAAAGCACCGGAGGUUGUACCCAAGUAUUUGGUCGUCCAUUUCCAGAGUGACAGAGAUCUGGCUGCGGUAACGGCCGCUGUAAGAGAGCACACAUCAUACAGGUUAAGAGGAUAUGUCUCUCAACUUUUACGCUGGCCUGUCCUCCAGCGUGGAGGAGAUCACUUCUGCCCUUCAAGUCCCUUCAUAGAAAACAACAUGCUGUAUAGAUGGCGGCUGACACACACUGGUGGUCCUUCACGGCGAAGACAAGCACCUAGUUCAUGACAUGGCAAAGGCUAAGUCCAUAUUAUCCACACUACACCUUUCUCAGGACUCUCUGACGGGUACUUUGACUGAGACAACUACCUGAACAUCACACGGAGACAGCAAUCCCCUUUACCCCGCGUCAGUCCACACCGGACAGCUAUGCAGCAGUCACUACCUGAUAUUCUCAAGGGGACAGUCUACUGUGAGUCGACAUAUAGUUGCCUAAACCAGUCUACUCAGUCUACUACUUACAUGUAUGUUUAGUUAGUUUUAUAACCAACUCAGUAACCCCCUGCUUGCCUAUUGUUAACGUAGAGCGCAGGUUAUAACGGGAAUUUGCUUCCAUGGGCUUUAAACCUUUAAGUUAUUAUUGCAUCUGAUAAUGCCAAGCGAUUUAUACUUACCUUACCAUUAAAAAGUGCAGCACAAUAUAUAGUUAUGCCAUGUUAGGAUUACUUCUGAUGUUUCUAGUUUAGUGCUUCGUAUACACACAAGUACAACUUUUUUUUUUUUUUUACAUCACGUUGUAGGUUGCUAAGCAGAGAUAGGCCUCAGACUAUUGAAAUGUGCGCAUCUUGGCAAAGUGCUUAUCCUCAUUGAUUUGUGUGACCAAUGUAUACCUAUGACUUGAACCAAAAAUAAAGAAUUUGAAAAAAAAAAGGGUAUCUCCCUGACAUGGUUAUAUUUAUCUAUAUAAAGUGACACUUAAUAAUUUAGUCUAUUAUAAAUAAUAAUUUAGUAAGUCUGCUAUAUAUAUAUUUGUUCCUUGACGUAUCUACUGUCUGUGAGCUUCAGCCGUGACAUAUCUCCUGUCUUCCACUUUUAGCCUCAACAUAUCCACUGUCUGACCUUUAGCCUGACUUUACCUCCCUUAAUUUCCUUUCUGUAACAGUUGUCGUUAAGCAAUGUUUUGUCUCCCCUAUUUUCAGAUGUUGUUUAUUUACUCUCCCAUCCUGGCACUGAGACAUCUAAUUACGAGCUUCACCUUUUUUAUCUCUUAGCUAUGAAACCCUCUAUUUCCUGUCUGCUGGUACUAUAACAACCUUCUCCUUAAUAACUUUGGUCUGGUACAUUGUCAAACAGUCGUAUUGGAGUACUACAGUAAUGGUCGCCAUGAGUCAGGAUGUACAGGACUCUUGUGUACUUUUAACAGGUACCCCAUAUUCUGAACUGAAAUACAAUUUUAAUAUCUUCUAGAAUAGGGCUAGGAUAGCAAGGAUAGUACACGUUAACAUUUUUGGGCAUACGUUCAAAAAAGUACCAGUGGCUCUCAAUCUGUCAAUAUAACGCAGACUUGAAAGCUGGCUGUACAUUUACAUGUUCUAUCAAGUUGAUCUCCAAAUAUUGCCAUUUUCUUUUUGAAAACAUUGCUUGCAUUUUCCCUUUUCUUACACAAGUUAUUACCAAGGCACUUGUUCAUGCGCAUAACAUUCACUUUCACUCUCUUCUUAUCCAAUCUCUUAUCUUCUCCAAUGACCAUACUGCCCCCUACAGUCUGUAAGGAAUAUUGCUGCCUGGCUCAUCUUCCUUACCUGUAACUGCUACGUCACCCUAUUGCCAAUCCUUACAUUGUCUUCAUGUGUGCCAUAGAAUCUAUUUCAAUAUUUUUUAUUAGUCUCCAGUCCUGCAGCAAUUGCAUUAAAACAGUGUAUCUCAAAAUUUUCAGUAGAAGAACCCUUUUAUAUCUAAAAUUAUAUCACAAGUAAUUUAGAAGGCAGGGCAAUCAUUUUUAUCACACUAGGCAAAGAUGCAGUUUGCCUCCCCCUGUGUAUUCUACAUCUCCGUUCAGGCUCUUCGCCCAUAUUUUUCACCUUUCUUCUUUCUCCUGUUGCCAAACUCAAUCUUUCUCCAGGAUCUUUCUACCUGGCUUCCUGCUAAUUGUCUAGCAGUAUAUAUUUUGCCCCUUGCUACCAAGCAAUUCUAAACCAGAAGUAUCAACAAUGCAUAAAGUGUGCUUUAUUGACGUUAAUUCUGGUUAACAUUGCUUGCAUUGAUAGGCUGAGAGAUCUGGAUUAAAUUGUACAUGAUUGCCAUUCACGUUGGAUGAAAUCAAUAAUAAUUGAUUGACGUUAUCAAAGGUGAUGGAUGGUCUUUGAAUGCUGGAUUGUUCUCUAUCUGCUCCCAAAUAGUUUGACAAUGAGCUAACAGAUCUUGCCCACAAACUGUACACUGAGCUGUAGUGGUUUUAUUGCUUAAACUGCCCCUUUAACCCCUUAAGGACACAACUUCUGAAAUAAAAGGGAAUCAUGACAGAAUAUUUCCGUCAUGUGUCCUUAAGGGGUUAAUCCCUUAAGGACCAAACUUCUGGAAUAAAAGGGAAUCAUGACAUGUCACACAUGUCAUGUGUCCUUAAGGGGUUAAAGGACCACUCUAGGCACCCAGACCACUUCAGCUUAAUGAAGUGGUCUGGGUGCCUAGUCCAGCUAGGGUUAACCCAUUUUUUUAUAAACAUAGCAGUUUCAGAGAAACUGCUAUGUUUAUAAAUAGGUUAAUCCAGCCUCUAAAGCCUCUAGUGGCUGUCUCAUUGACAGCCGCUAGAGGCGUUUGCGUGCUUCUCACUGUGAAAAUCACAGUGAGAAAACGCAAGCGUCCAUAGGAAAGCAUUAUGAGACUGGCUGAAUGCACGCGCAGCUCCUGCUGCGCAUGCGCAUUUAGCCAAAGAGGAGGAGAAGAGGCGGAGAGGAGGAGGAGAGCUCUCCGCCCGGCGCUGGAGAAAGGUAAGAUUUUAACCCCUUCCUCUCCCCAGAGCCCGGCGGGAGGGGGUCCCUGAGGGUGUGGAAAACGAGUAUGUAUGGCUAUAGUGCCAGGAAAACGAGUAUGUAUGGCUAAACCCAGUCACCCAAAUUAAUAUAUUUGCAUAGAGAACGCCUAGGUAACUUUCUAAACUCAACCACUGAACCUUUAAAAACCGAGCUCAGGGGGAGGUGGGAUGUAAAUGCAAAACAACAACAAAAAGACAAAAUGUUCUGCUACAAAAACCAGUAUUGCGAUCAUCCUAAUUAUGCUAGGAUUUUCUUUCCUCCACACAGUAUUUAAGAGCAUUUACUUAACGUGCCUAUAUAUACAGCUAGGAUCUACCUUUGAUGUUAUCUGGCUUUUAUGAAUGCAUUGGGAGUGGUCAUUGACAAACCUCUCAAAGGCUUAAGUGUGUUUUCCAUAGAAACAUAGAAACAUAGAAACAUAGAAUGUGACGGCAGAUAAGAACCAUUCGGCCCAUCUAGUCUGCCCAAUUUUCUAAAUACUUUCAUUAGUCCCUGGCAUUAUCUUAUAGUUAGGAUAGCCUUAUGCCUAUCCCACGCAUGCUUAAACUCCUUUACUGUGUUAACCUCUACCACUUCAGCUGGAAGGCUAUUCCAUGCAUCCACUACCCUCUCAGUAAAGUAAUACUUCCUGAUAUUAUUUUUAAACCUUUGUCCCUCUAAUUUAAGACUAUGUCCUCUUGUUGUGGUAGUUUUUCUUCUUUUAAAUAUAGUCUCCUCCUUUACUGUGUUGAUUCCCUUUAUGUAUUUAAAUGUUUCUAUCAUAUCCCCCCUGUCUCGUCUUUCCUCCAAGCUAUACAUGUUAAGAUCCUUUAACCUUUCCUGGUAAGUUUUAUCCCGCAAUCCAUGAUCCAGUUUAGUAGCCCUUCUCUGAACCCUCUCUAAGGUAUCAAUAUCCUUCUGAAGAUACGGUCUCCAGUACUGUGUACAAUACUCCAAGUGAGGUCUCACCAGUGUUCUGUACAAUGGCAUGAGCACUUCCCUCUUUCUACUGCUAAUACCUCUCCCUAUACAACCAAGCAUUCUGCUAGCAUUUCCUGCUGCUCUAUUACAUUGUCUGCCUACCUUUAAGUCAUCAGAAAUAAUCACCCCUAAAUCCCUUUCCUCAAUUGUUGAGGUUAGGACUCUAUCAAAUAUUCUGUACUCUGCCCUUGGGUUUUUACGUCCAAGAUGCAUUAUCUUGCACUUAUCCACAUUAAAUGUCAGUUGCCACAAUUCUGACCAUUUUUCUAGUUUACCUAAAUCAUUUGCCAUUUGGCUUAUCCCUCCUGGAACAUCAACCCUGUUACAUAUCUUAGUAUCAUCAGCAAAAAGACAUACCUUACCAUCAAGACCUUCUGCAAUAUCACUAAUAAAAAUAUUAAAGAGAAUGGGUCCAAGUACAGAUCCCUGAGGUACCCCACUGGUGACAAGUCCAAGCUUCGAAUAUAUUCCAUUAACUACAACCCUCUGUUGCCUGUCACUCAGCCACUGCCUUACCCAUUCAACAAUAUUGGAAUCCAAACGUAAAGAUUGCAGUUUAUUGAUAAGCCUUCUAUGUGCAACAGUGUCAAAAGCCUUACUGAAAUCUAGGUAAGCAAUGUCUACUGCACCACCCUGAUCUAUAGUUUUAGUUACCCAAUCAAAAAAAUCAAUAAGAUUAGUUUGGCAUGAUCUCCCUGAAGUAAAUCCAUGUUGUCUCUGAUCUUGAAAUCCAUGUGUUUUUAGAUGUUCAACAAUCCUAUCCUUUAACAUGGUUUCCAUCACUUUCCCCACUACUGAAGUAAGGCUUACUGGCCUAUAGUUGCCCGACUCCUCCCUAUUACCUUUCUUGUAAAUGGGCACAACAUUCGCUAACUUCCAAUCUUCUGGGACUACUCCUGUUAACAAUGAUUGGUUAAAUAAAUCUGUUAAUGGUUUUGCUAGUACACCACUAAGCUCUUUUAAUAGCUUUGGGUGUAUUCCAUCAGGUCCCAUUGACUUAUUUGUCUUUACUUUUGACAGUUGAACUAGAACCUCUUCCUCUGUAAACUCACGUGUAAAAAAUGACUCAUUUAUCCUUUUUCUCAACUGAGGUCUUUUUCCUUCAUUUUCAUCUGUAAAUACAGAACAAAAAUAUUCAUUGAGGCAGUCAGCUAGUCCUUUAUCCUCUUAUACAUACCUUCCUUCUUUUGUUUUUAAUCUAACUAAUCCUUGUUUUACUUUUCUUUUCUCAUUUAUGUAUCUAAAAAAUGUUAUGUCCCCUAUUUUCUCUUCUGUGUGUGAUUUGGAGGCUCUUAUAACUUGCUUAGCCUCUUUCUGCCUAAUCUUAUAGAUCAUUUUGUCUUCCUCACUCUGGUUUUUUUUAUUAUUCCUAAAUGCUAACUUUUAGUUUUUAACUAUUUUGGCCACAUCUGCGGAAUACCACAGUGAUUUCUUGAAUUCCAGGUAUAAAAAUAUAUAUUGUCACUAUUUCCCAGGUUAAAUGGCAGUUACAAAAUAUGCGUCAAUCAGAUGUAUUAGUCCAACGUGCAAUGUGUCAAUAUAAGCACUGUUGAAAAUAAUAAAAGCACAUUUAAAUCUACUAGCCCUGACUGAUCCUAACAGUGCAGUAAGACAAAAUCAAUUUUAAUAAUAACUUAAUCUUUAUUUGUUAAAGGUUGGUUUGAUUUUGCAGAGCGUUUAUUUAUUUUAUUAUCUUUGGAAAAUACCUUUACUCUCUAUAAAACGUUGAUUACUGCAAUGUAAGAGGCUGCGGAUUCCGUGCUAGGUGUGCCCAAGCACCUCAAAAUACAGGUUAAACUGACAUUCAGUUUGGUCCCCAGGGCACCUUUUGAGCCAGUUGUGGUUAGGUCCUUUGUUAAGUUUAUGUUUUGUGAGUAAAGUUUACUUGGAAGUUUAAAAAAAACAUUGCUCAGUUGUAAUUUCUUCUGUGAAUAAAAAAUAAAUAUGCAUUGUGACAAAAUGUUCAAUGGCUGUUGGUCUUUUAUAAAAAGUAAAAAUUAAAAUUAAAUAAAAAAGCAUACCCUAACUAUAAAAUUGUGAAUGUAACUGAUUGAAUGUCACUUUCCAACUGGUGGCGAUAACCCAUGACUGCUUUUAAGUUGUUGAUAUUAUUUGUGCCAUAUUUUUGUGAAAUAAAAUUGUUUUUGAAAAGAAAAUCAUACCCUUAUAAAAAUGGCCUGCGCACACCUAUGAUUCUGUCACCAUUUCUUAAAUAAACUAUAUAAUAUUUACUCAUGUAUGUUACUGUAGGAAAGCCCUUAAAGUGAAAAAUUAUUGGAUUAUUGGCAAAGUAAUGAUGUUACGUUGUACAGAAGGGGUAGUAGAUACAUGCAUGAGCCUGCCAGCAUGGACGGAAAAAUACUCAAAUGUCUGGGAAACUCAUAAAAACCAGUCUUGCAUGUAGAAACCUCCUACGAUGCCAUCUACUAGUUAGAUUCACAUGUAGAGAAUGGUCAGAGAGUAUUCUUCCAGAACCAAUCUGUUUUAUGUUAUCAUUGUAAGUAUCAUGUUAACUUAGAUAAACUUUUUAUUUAUUCAUCCAGUUGCUGUAUCGGUCCAGGCUGUUUUCUCCAAGGACACGAAGAGGAAGUAAACAAUUACAGUGAGGUCCUUCACACACGACCUCUGUUUGUGGAUUCCUGGUGCUUUCUCUCUCGUUCUGUCUCAGGAAUGCUGACUGUGCAGCAAGCCAACACACCAAACCUGUUCUGUUGGCAAUGGCAAGGUGUUGCUGCUGCAGGUAAGAGCUCUGUGUGCCCUGCUGCUGUAUGUGAGUAUCUUUUACAUAUGGAGUAUCUACCAUUAUUGUAAGUAUCUACUGUAUCUACUGCUGUGUGUGUGUAGCUAGUCUGCUGGGUGUAUCUGCUACUGUGUGUGGGAACUGCUUUAUGUGAGAAUUUGAUUCUGUUUCUGUGUAUCUACUGCUUUAUGUGAGUAUCUGUUGUACGUAUCCACUGAUUUAUGUGUAUCUGUUGCAUAUCUGUCUGUUUGCUGUACCAUAGUCUAUGCAGCUGUAUGUGAUUUGCUGUGUGUAAGUGGGUUAGUUUCUGUUGCUAUUUGUCACCUUGUCACACUCACUCUGUUACACUCAUCCUGCCACAGUUACCCUCAUACACACACAAUCACCCUCAUACACCAGCACCCCCACCACAGACGGUAACCCUCAUACAAAUACAGUAACCCAUCACACACAACACAGCCUUAACAUAAACUAAGUGUACGCAUCAAGACCACAAACAACCAUCACACACAUAAUACAUAACACACUGCAAGCAGCUCCCCCACAUUCAUAAUAUGGUAUGGGCAAUAUCAAAUUAAUGUAACAACAUGUACAAUAUAGGUGGGACAAUCUAUAUCUGUCUCACUCUGUGUGAGUGUCUCUUGCUGUAUGUGAGUGACUAGUGUUGUGUGUGUCUCUUACUGUGUGUGUCUCAUACUGGGUGUGAGUGUCUCUUGCUAUUUGUUAAUGUCUCUUGCUGUGUGUGAAUGUCCCUUGCUAUGUGUGUCAUGCUACGUGUGAGUGUCUCUUGCUAUUUGUGAGUUUCUCUUGCUAUAUGUGAGUGUCCCUUGCUGUGUGUGAGUGUCCCUUGUUAUGUGUGUCAUGCUACGUGUGAGUGUCUCUUGCUAUUUGUGAGUUUCUCUUGCUAUAUGUGAGUGUCCCUUGCUGUGUGUGAGUGUCCCUUGUUAUGUGUGUCAUGCUACGUGUGAGUGUAUCUUGCUAUUUGUGAGUUUAUCUUGCUAUGUGUGCGUCUCUAGCUAUGUGUGAGUGUCUCUUGCUGUGUGCGAGUGUCCCUUGCUAUGUGACUCAUGCUAUGCUAAGUGAGUGUAUUUUGCUAUUUGUGAAUUUCUCUUGCUAUUUGUGAGUCUCUAGCUAUGUGUGAGUGUCUCUUGCUAUGUGUGUCUCUAGCUAUGUGGGAGUGUCUCUUGCUGUGUGUGAGUGUUUCUUACUGUUUGUGUGUGAGUGUGUCGUGCUGUGAGUGAAUGCUGCUGUUGUGUGACAGUUUGUCCUGGCAGGUCCCACAGAAUGGAAAGGCGGAAAGGAUUAUAGAGGGAGGGUUUGUGGACUUUGUUCUGACUUGAGACUUGGUAGCUGAGAGUCUUUCUGUAUAUAUUCAGCUCUCGAGAAAGCCGUAUGUAUGCCUGCUUGUAGUAAGUGAUAUCGGCGUGUACAAUAAGUGGGUGAUUUAGGGGCUUGGUGAUUUAAAGUAAUAUCAUACUAAUUUUAUUCCUAUAUUCCUAUAGCUUGAUAAAAUAGAGAAACAUUUACAAAUGAUGGCAUUUGAAUGUUCAUUUGUAUUUUGUGGGUUUUUUUUUUUUGUUUAACUGUUUACGAAUAUAGUAGUUAGAGUGCAAGCUCUUGUGGACAGUUUAUUUUUCACUGCUUCCCUUGUUGCUGCUGUGACUAUAUCUGUGAUAAUUUGGAUUGAGAUUCACCAAAUAGUGAUGUUUUGUCUCCAUUUCUUCUCUGGUAAUAAAUACAGUUUACUGUGCAGCAGUACAUAUUUCAUUCUGUGUGUCUCAAUAUAUGAAUAAUUUGCCGAUUACUCAUUUGUUUCUCUGUUCCACUUCUCAGGGAAUAUGAAUAGUUAUAAAGAUUGUAUGUGUAUAAUUAAUUAUGUAUUCUACUUUUGUGAAUAGCAUGGUUUGAAUGAUAAUAGAAUCAUUCACACUAAACCACAUUUCAUCUAUAUUCCAGCUCAAUUGUAACCAUAAAGCAGCUCUCACACUGCUGAAUUAUAAUUCUGAUUAUCCUCAUCCCUUGUGUUAUAAACCAGAUGCUGGAUGAAGUUCAUGGGAGUCAUAGUUAAAGCACAGAGCUUUAGUUUAUAGUCUUAGGGUGACCCACCACAGCAGAUGCUUUGGAGCUUCCUGCCAUGCAGAAGCAUGUUGGAGAGACAGAGUCGUUUGAAUUGUCCAAACAAAUUUUAAUUUAGAUGUCAGUGAACCAAUGUAUUCUCCUGAAAUUUAAAGAAUACACAGGUUUUUUGUUUGUUUGUCUGAUUUAAUAAAUAUAUAUUCCUUUAACAAUCACAAUAGUCUACUGUUAUUCUAUUUUGUUUUGUAGAUUUACACCAAAGAAAGUACCAAACCACUAAGAAUACAUAUACAAGCAGACCUACUAAAGAAUGUGUGCCCUCUAAAACACCAAUACAUUUUUGUAUGUUUUGUAGAUUUAUGUUAUAUUCAUGUUAUGUUAUGUUCUGUCAUAGUAAUUUACACUAUUAAUUCCCUGUAGAUAUGAGAAUAAAGUUAAUUUAUUAUGCUCAUGCUUUGGGCAGACAAUGGUGGCCCAUUGUGGGAUUAUUAUAUCCAUUAGGUUUUUGGUUAUUUUGUAAUCUGUAGCCAAUGUUCCUUGGUUUUCAGCACAAUAACCCAAUGCAGGCUAAGGGGGCAGAUUUAGUCCCAAACAGAUGUUCUCCACUCAAGUGCAACCCUUUGACAGUGGCAUCAUAUUGCUAUCGCUUUAAGAGAAUUACAUUGUUCCUCAAUUCAUUAAAUAUUUUUUUUUACUUUAAGGAACAGAAUCAGGAAGUUGCCCAGAUCACAUCUUGCAGAAGACGAAGCUGCAAAUAUGCUUUCCGCUGGCAGAAUAGUGCCAAACGAGCAAGAGGCAGGUGGAAGUGCGAGAUUACAAGGUCUCUCGGUUUAAAUGACUAAAACUGUGUCAAGUAACAGCAACUUGGGGGAAAAUGAAUAAAGAAAUAGAAGCAGAACUUCAAGGCUGGCAGAACAUCAAGAAAGACGUUGGCAUUUUUAAACUGCCUAAAUACAGGUCUACCAAGGAAUCAAGCAUUAACGCACAAGAGGGAGCUGUGGCCAGAUCUCCCAAGAUGAGGGAAGCUCGUAACAUGACUAGAGCGGAGAGCUUGAGUAGGACUCCAUCCCCAGCCACAAUGAGUAAGAGGAAGAGAGGCAUACGAGGAAGUCUAUGGAGUAACACAGGGUCACUGCCCUUUGGAGGAGCCUGGAUUUCGGCUGCUAGUUUUGAUGUACAGGAUGAUCUGCAAAUAGAUUCUGGUAUUUCUAGCCUGGUUCUAGACCCGGUGGAACAUGCAUGGAUGAUUAUGGCUGCAGAAGGCAACUAUGAUGCUGUGAAGGAAUCCCUUGAAGAAGAUCCAAGUCUUUUGUAUAAGAGGGACUUUGUAACCGGGUACUCAAUAAUCCAUUGGAUUGCCAAGCAUGGCAACCAUGAGGAUCUUAUUGAGUUGAUGGGCUUUGCUCAAGGUAGAGGUUACCCACUGGAUAUAAAUGCUCGUGCCAGCGGAGGACUCACCCCAUUGCAUAUAGCUGCUAUACAGGGGCAUGGCAUGGUGAUCAAGGUGCUGGUGGGUGCGUUCAAUGCCAAUGUGCAUCUCAGGGACCAAAAUGGGCGUAAGGCUUGGCAAUACCUACAACCAGGUACCGCUAGGCAGUUUCAGGAACUGUUGGGGGCCCCUGAAGAAGAAGAAACUGGUGCCUUUGGCUUAGCUACAAUGAACAGCAAUAACAAUUGCCAUUCAGUCAGUUCUCACGGAUUGACACUACAAAGAGCGGACGAGGUAGACUUUCCAUCUAGAAUCACAGUCACGGUAGCACCUAUUCAGAACCUAUUCAGAACUGCCUUCAGAUUCCUAAAGAAAUGGUGACUGAGCACUAUAACAAGGUUAUCUAUUCAUUUUAAAAAAUAUCAAGUGCCAUUGUGUCUUUGGCAACAAGGGUGGGUAACCUGCCACAGUUCAUUUCUUGCUAAGGGUGAUUGUUGCUGUAGUCCAACCAAAAAUGGGGACUGCAAUUUGCACUUAAACACAAUGUAUAAAAUAUAUGCAGGGGGAAAUGUGAACACUGUAGUAUCUCCAUGCACAAGACUUUUUUUUUUUUUUUUAAAUAAACUCUGUGUAACAGCUAAUGAAUUUAGUGCAGUGGUGUAUAAUUAAAAGGGAACGCUGCUAGUUUUUAAGUGACAAAUGCUAUAUCUGUGAUCUUUAAACGAGAACUGUCACUUUCCAGGGUGUUUAGUAUUAUGUUUACUUAUCUUCCAUAUUAAACAAACUGCAUUUACAAGGUGUGAGAAAUAAAAUUAAAUUAGAAAUCCACAUUUCUUUAUCCCGCAAAGGGGUGCCUCCAUGCUACCUCCAUGUCAAUCAUUGUUAUAAGAAAUACAGAUUAGAGCAUAGUGUGCACACAAACAAAAACAGUUAAAAUUUUACAAGGCUAUUUAAAAUCGCCAUAUGCCAUAUUGUGUUAAGCCCACCACUAUGUCACAGUACCCCAAUAUCGGUGGGUCCUACGCUAAUUUUAACAUGUGAGAUUUACAUGCUAACUGCUAAACUUACUCCUUAAACAGCUUCCAGAGACUCCUCCAUUUAUGCUUUCCUGUGAUCACUUCCAAAGCGACACCUAUAGAGGAUAAGUAGGGAGCUCAACUCAAUAGGAAUCUGGUCAGGAUUCCAAACCUACACAGAAAACAGCCAUCAUACGGACAGCAUACAGAAUAUGUUGUUUUCUAAAUUUUACAGAUUUAAAAGGAAACGGCCAAAAAGGUUAACACAUGUUAUAGGCAGUUUCUAAUGUUUUAGUCCAUAGUGUAAUUUCCAGGGAAGUGACUAUUCUCCUUUAAGUGAUAUAAAUAAGAAUACAUUGGCUGUAUGUGAUAAUGAUAAGAAAUCUUCAAACAUGAGACUGUAUGAUCAUUGAGUAAUUGGGGCCAUUAAGAACAUGGAUGUCUUAUGAUUUACUCAGCCAUAUGAGGAUCAUGCUAAAUAAAAUAUGGCAGUGUUGAGAAAUUACCUGGGACUGGACCACCUAAAAAGGAACACUUACAUUAACUGUCCACGUGGUGGCCUCCACAUUACAUGUGAUUUAAGGUUUGUUUUAUUAUUUCAAAAUAGGUUAUUUGGAAAACAAAUCUCCAGCAGUUUCCUUUCAGUUUUCAGCUCACCACAAAUCUGUGUUUAGAUAUUAAACCAAACUGUUUUAAUAAAAGAUAUAUGUUCAGAUUUACGGCCCAGCUUGUGCAAUGGAGGGACAGCCAUCUUUCAGAUAACCAGGAUUGGUAUUUAUUGUAAUGUUAUACUUAACGUCUUCAGAAGGUAAUGUGGACUGCUUUGCCAGCAUUAUGGAUGUAAGAGCAUUAUGUAGUCCACAACAUCUGGAAUACCAAAGGCUACCUACCUGUGUUUUCUAGUAAUGAGUUAAAGGGACACUAUAGUCACCAGAAGAACUAUAGCUAAUUGUAUUUGUUCUGGUGAGUAGAAUCAUCCCCUUCCGGCUUUUUGCUGUUAACACUCUUUCCAGAGAAAAUGCAGUGUUUACAUUACAGCCUAGUGCUAACUUCACUGGCCGCCACUCAGGUGGCUGCUAGAGAUCCUUCCUGUGGCAGUGCAGUACUGCCAUUUAGUGCUGCGUCCUCUGCAUGCCGACACUGAACUUUCCUUAUAGAGAUGCAUUGAUUCAAUACAUCUUUAUGAGGAGAUGCUGUUUGGCCAAGUCUGUGUUUGGCUUGUGCUGGCUCUGCCCCUGAUCUGCCUCCCUGAAAGUCUUAGCCAAUCCUAUGGGAAAGCAUUAUGAUUGAC